UUUCCCUCGUUCAAUCCUCGCACGUUUCUAUUUGGACCGAUCGUCAUCUCACUUCGGAUCGCGCGCGCGUCAGGCUACCGCCGUGUGCAAGAAGCGUGUGUCUUCGAAAACAGCAACAAAGUAAUCACGUCACAAACACUUGUGGCACGCUUCUCUAUAUUUAAUUUUUGUUAGUUUGUUACACGCCGACAGUCGUGCAGCCUAGGCCUUCGGGGAGGCUUUCAAGAACUCUUCAUUGUGUGGUUGCUCUGGUGGCGGCUUCGUGCGGAAACAGCUAAGGCUCCGAGAAGUGUGGACGGCUUCAUUUCUGCUUUGUGGCGGCUGGCGUUCUAAGAAAAUCAGGGACAAGCCUUGUCCUCUGCCUGACUUUUCACCUGUGCCGAGGUCAAAGUUGCCAUGAAGUGUUCUUUCUACAAGUGAUUGGUUUAUUUUUGUCGGUGGUGCUGUUAAACUCUUGACAACAGUGACUGCUGUAAACUGCGUGCUGGAGACCUCUCUUUUUCUCUCUGCACUUCUGUAUUUUCUUUGUGGAUGUCAGCGACAUACCAUUGGAAUAGUGUGUAGCUCUAAACGACACCACCUGUUGAUUUGUCAUCAAAGAUCUGCACACGUAAAAGGAAACCCGUAUUUUUCCAAGGCGUCCACGCUGGCGAGGAAAACUCGCACAACACCAUGAUUCAUGCCUUCCUUGGAGUGAACCUAUUACUGGGCACUUUCCGGUUGAUGUCUGCGGAGGAAUUGCAAAUAAAUAGUCCAGAAUGCGGCCUGUCAGAACCUUCAAAAAGAAUCGUGAACGGCAAGGCAGCGCAAGAAGACCAGUUCCCGUGGAUGGUAUUCCUAAGGGUGUACUUCCCGGGUCAGGCUACGAGAUGCGGAGGGAGCAUUAUAACGAAACGACACGUGCUCACGGCGGGACAUUGCACGCUGCUCAACGAAGAGGAGGCCGUGAAGAUCGACGUCAUCUACGGCAGCAAUGAUAUUCACAAGGGAACGACGCUGCGAGCCGAGAAGAUGAUCCGGCAUCCUCAAUUUGACGCUGCCAAGUUCCUGUACGACAUCGCCAUUCUUCUGGUGGAGAAAGAAAUCCAAUACGGAAACAGUGCGAGGCCAAUAUGUCUUCCGUCUGCACCUGUGAAUAUCUUCAACUCGGACGUUGUUGUUGCUGGCUGGGGCUUCCUUUCACAAGACGGCAAAGCGGUGGAUUAUCUUCGGUACACGGUGGUUAAGAUUGUGCCCAAUGCACGCUGUGCGGACAAGUUCCAGCACACAGGCUACCGGAAAGAUCUCAUGUAUUGUGCAUACAGGCUCAACACUGAUGCUUGCCAGGGCGACUCCGGAGGACCCCUGAUGACGCGAGUCCAAGACGGCCGCUACCUCCAAGUCGGCAUCGUAUCCUACGGCAUCGGGUGUGCUCUGGACGACAUGCCUGGAGUGUACGCUCGCCUGGAAGCCCUCGUUCCCUGGUUAUUGAAAUUCAUAGGUUCCUACGGCAGUUACAGGGACCUCAAGAUGGGCGAAAUUUCGUAAACGUUGUAUUAGAAGUUGCACAAGCUAGACGGUGAUCGAGCCUCUUUAUAAAUAUAAGCCACUUUCCCGCAAACCGGUUUGCCAAACUAAUGACAAACAUUUUCGCAAACAGCGUGUAUGACCGCAAUUCAUUCGUAUUAUCACAUUGAAAAUGUAGACGUAGUUCUCGUCUAUACUGCAUUAGAAACAAGAUCCAACAAUAUGCCGCCAGUAUUCCGUCUUCAUUACAUAACAAUUCAUAACAAUUAGUGGUGCCGGCCAUUUUUUCAUCGAAUGACCAAUGCGGAAAAGCGCCCUUGCAAACAAUGAAAUGUUUCUAUUCUGCAACCAACAUUGUUUUAUCCAUGCAGAUGUGCAGUGUUACGUAGUAGUACAAAAAUGCGCGCUGUCAACAUUUUCAACAGGCCUGAAGGACAUCAAGAAAUGGCAGGAAGUUCAACCCGAAACUAGCAACCUUAAGUGUGGAAACAAAGGAAGUACUUGCAGCUAUUCUGUGGGAGGAACUGCUUGAGUGCUUCUUAACUCAAUUUUGGGAAGUUUCAGUUCUCUCCAAUGGUUUAUGCUCUCCACGCACUCCAAUGGGGAAAAACAAGUGUCGAAAAGGGAGUCAGGUAUGCUGGACCAGCAGUAAAUCUCAGAAGGAGUUGCCGGACUCCUGUUGUGCUAAGAAAGUUACGAACUAAAAAAGUGGAGCAAAAGUAUCGGGAGUCCAGGAACAAGGGCAGGCUGAAAGGUUCCUAGUAGAAGCUUGCGUUUGUAUCCAGCUCUGCAGCAGUUCUGCGUCAUUGAACGAAGCGCUGACAGUGCAAGUUUUAGGAUUAAGACGCAUUGAGUAUACUUAUCCAGGCUCACUGCAGGAUUGACAUUAGGACUAAGAGAGGUUGCAGCUCCACGAAAACGAUUAGAUUAUCGCCAUUAAGUCACCUACGAUAUAUUUCUGGUGAGGCAAUCUGGCACUAGGAUACAUUCAAUGUUCAUGUUCAUGUCAACGGACACGUUUACAUAAACACCUAUACCGAAGCAACACAGGCGCCGCAUAAAAACCUGGACGUGUAUUGCUCGUCUAAGUUUAGCUGGCUAUUUAAGGCAUGUCUCGCAUGUGGGCACUUUGUGACGCUCAAGCAAGCGAUAAAAGUAAAUCUCAGUGAAUUACUACGACUACGUCAAUUAUUGCUGCCAGCUAUGACCAUAAUAUACACUAGAUGUGUGAUCACACACAUAAAACUGUCCCUCUGGUUUCAUAUUGCACUGAUCGGAAUGAUUCAACGCUAUCUUUUAGCUUUUGUGGGUCUCAUUCGCUGAUUCGAUAGGGGACGAACCAGGUAGCUUAUUCAAAUCUAGCAGCGCUAAUCAUCCAACGUCUAACAAUGAAGCUAAACCGCGUUCGUUUUAGGUUAAAGAGAUUACAACUCUACUUUUUUGUAAGUACAACUGCUUGUUCUGUAUUUACCUCGAUUAUAUAGAUUCGCAAAUGUACCCAACACAGUACGUACACUCAUCAUGCUUGGACCGAUUUUACUGAAUGGAAGAAGCACAAUUUCCGACGCUCACUGUUUUCGAAUCGGAAACCUCAAUCUACGGGGUGAUCAUUUUUAAGUUUUAUGUAACUUUUAAGUGUCGCUUGUGCAAAAAACACAAUUUAGUCCUUGAGCUUGAUUGUUCAGAGAGGCGGACAUUACUUGCAACAAAACUCAAAACACAUAUGCACAUUAUUCAAAAAAUCACUAAUUAACUUCCCACAAUACUUUGAGGCUCAUAUUCAACAUACAAAUAGUAGCUUGUGAGUUUGUCAGGUACAUCCGAUUGGAAUGAAUUUCCUGAUUGACUCCGGUUUGGAGACAUACGCCAUCAAACUGGCCGUAAAAUGUGCUGUCGGUCCACUUACGUUUUUAACAGAGCGCUCUUUUAUGCAUUGAAGAACAAAGGUAACUGGAACGCACAUGUAUUUGAUCCACCCUUUAGGAAAUAAUAUCUCGAGAGUGGUGUCAUCCUGUAAAUUCAUUUUAAGUGGAUGUGUUUUGCAAGCUCACCGGUUACAAUAUGUAAAUUGCAAAAUGUGCCGUAAAGUAAUUAGCUAGACGUUAAUUACUGAAGUUUUGUUAAUUAGUUUAAUAUUGGUUUCGAUUUCUCGUGCUAGUAAUGUCCGCCUCUUCUAAUGAUCCAGCUCAAGAACAAGCAUUAUUCUACCUGCCACGGGCGAUUAAAAAAUUCCGUAAAACUUUAAAAUGAUCACCGUAUAUCUUAGGAGGUCUUUGCCCACUGUUACCAUGUUUUAUGAAUUGUUCCUCUCCGCGUACUUGCAAGACAUGAUCGAAUUACAACAAAAGAUCUCCUCCUCAGUAGCAUGCGUUUCACGGGCUGUAGGUACUCUGCUUGCUCCAACAUAGUGUGUUCUUGUAAAUUCUACAGCUGUGGAGUUGAGAUAAGGCGAGAUGGGGAUGCAACAGUCGAAAGCGCAGUUACGUCCUUGAGUCGUAGAAACCCUGAAUGGUGUGCAGAUUUGCUAACUGUCGAAACAUGUAAGCACGUGUAGCCACAUAAGGGAUCGCCCCAACUCUGGUCACGGUGGUACUCCUCCGAACAGUUUUUAAGCCAAUAGUAUACGAUAGUACAUGCAGCCACACUUACUGUUCUCAACAGAGUUAACUAAAUGGAAAAGGGGCUACCUCGCAAAGUGUGCACACUUUUCACAUAGAACUCAGCAACUGUUUAACUAGCCUAACUCACCUGUCUAGUCAGCAAUCAUGACGUACCUAAUCUUGCAGUAAGCUUUCUACAAAAGCUGUUGAAGAAAUGGGGGCCAUAACGGCCUUAACAGUCGUAUAUAAUAGCAAGGUAAAUAACUUGAUGUCAUUCGCUAUUCAAUGCAUUAAGAAAAUUAAGCAGGAUAAACAUAAUUUUGUAUUUAUAUACAAAUAGACGGCAAAGAUUGCUGCACGUGGGACAUGAAGGCAAUUAGCGUGAAAUUCACACACCGGCGCUGAAAUGGUAGCCGAAUUUUAAAGCUGUUAUUUAUUUUACUUUGGUUGGGAUGCAUGCGAAAACGCAUACUUAUAUAAGAGAAUGAAACAAAUAAAACUAGUCAAAAACAGAUCCCCCUCAGCUCAUCUGGUCAUAUUGUGCUACUUCUGACAUUGCGCGUGUUCGCCCUACACAUAAACCUAAGUUACAUUGUAUAAAGCAUUUGCUACAGCCAAAUAUUGUCGGUGUGGAGUCGAAAAUAAGAUUGACACAUUUACUGCGCAGAUUGGAUGCGUCACCAUAGAUAAACGACAACAAAAGCAACAAGAAAGAUAUGCGAAUCACCUGACGUAAUGUGUUCGCCUUGUGCCUGCUGAAUUCGCCUUGCUUUGCUUGCACUUUUACACUACCAAUUGACUUAAUAACCUCUCUUUAAUUAUGCUUCAUCUCUGAAAUGUUUUAACAGGGCUGCUAUUCAAGCAAAUAAAGAAGUGAGCAUCAACGCAGUGAUAUGAAGCGCUAAAUUGCAGAGAGGUAUAAAAUCUGACGUAUAAAAUAAACGCACUUGGGGCCCAAUUUCAGAGAAUAUCGGACUUUUUGUGGUUUACGCUGCCUACGAUCCUUCCUAUUAUGAAAGUUUUCUCAAAAUACAAACCUUUUUUAAGUGUUCUUCGAAUCUUUGCUCACUCAAGCAUCCUAAGGGAAUGCAUCGCACUAAACUCACUAUAAUGCAUUUGAAUUCGACGGUAGCUGUUGGAAUAUUUUGUGUAUGUUCAAUUUAUUGUACGUGCUGUAUAUGUAUUUAAAUAUGUAUGAGAAGUUUGAAAUAAAUUUGUUGUCGA